CAGGAGGCCUACACGCCGCCGGGUUGCUGCCACCAUGUCUCUAGUGAUUCCUGAGAAGUUCCAGCACAUUUUGCGAGUCCUCAACACCAACAUCGAUGGGCGUCGGAAAAUAGCCUUUGCCAUUACUGCAAUUAAGGGUGUGGGGCGAAGAUACGCUCAUGUGGUAUUGAGGAAAGCCGACAUUGACUUGACCAAGAGGGCAGGAGAACUCACAGAGGAUGAGGUGGAACGUGUGAUCACUAUUAUGCAGAAUCCACGCCAGUACAAGAUACCUGACUGGUUUUUGAACAGACAGAAGGAUGUGAAGGAUGGAAAAUACAGUCAGGUCCUGGCUAAUGGUUUGGACAACAAGCUCCGUGAAGAUCUGGAGCGGCUUAAGAAGAUUCGAGCCCACAGAGGGCUGCGCCACUUCUGGGGACUUCGUGUCCGUGGCCAACAUACCAAGACCACAGGACGCCGUGGCCGCACCGUGGGUGUGUCCAAGAAAAAAUAAAUCUAGGCCUUAUCAAUAAAAAGUUUAUAUACCUAUG